UGAUCACUCUCACCCUAUUUUAAACCACAUAGCAGAAUCUGCAUACAGAUUUAGUCUUGGUUCUGUCGCAGGAGCCAUGGGUGCAACUUCUGUCUAUCCCAUUGACUUAGUUAAAACUCGUAUGCAGAACCAACGCUCAACUGGGGCCUUUGUUGAAGAGAUUUUAUACCGUAAUAGCCUUGAUUGCUUCAGGAAAGUACUGAGAUAUGAAGGCAUCAUUGGACUUUACAGAGGUCUGUUACCACAAGUGAUGGGUGUGGCACCUGAGAAAGCCAUAAAACUUAGUAUGAAUGAUUUUGUGAGAGACCUGUUUAUUCGGGGAGAUGAUUCCAUCCAAUUGCAGCAGAAAUACUUGCUGGUGGAUGUGUAAGUAUUAGUCUUUAUAACAGGAGUUGGCAACCCGGUUCUAGUAAUAAACUUUGACAUUUAUAUAUUUAAGAAAUAUUACGUCUACUGAACAUAGUAGUUAGUUCAAGAAUCUUAAGAUCAACUUUGCGUUUUUUGUGCAAAAACAACAAUUUAAUUUAACACAACCAUUUAACUCAAUUUAACAUAAGCAUCGACUACAGUGGAAUCAACAUUGCAAAACCAACAAUUUAACAACAACCAACACAGUUUAAUAUUAACAUCCACUACAGUGGAAUCAACAUUCCUCACUGUGA